AUGGGCGACGACGACGACGAGUUCAUGCUCGACGACGACCUUGACGGACUCGCGGACAACACCCUUCAGGAACUCGAACUGAAUGCGUUUGCCUCUACCCAGCGGGCCAAGACUGCACUUCAACAGUCUCGUCCUGUGCAGAAGCCUCUCCGGAAGCCUUCGAGUCUCACAGCUCCGCUUGCACGACCAGGUCUGCAACCAAGCCGGCCAUCUGGCCCUGUGACAUCUCGAUAUGCAGCAAAAGCUGCUCUAGAUGCGGAGACUGAGGCGGCGUUCGCAGCAGCUGAUGCUGAGCUUGGUGCUCACGCUCCCAAAGGGUGGGAUUUGGAGGCUGAAGCGAGCAAUGGCGUUGAUCUUGCUGCCCUCCAGGCACGAGUGGCCGAGCUCGAGGCGGAGCAGGUUCGUCUGCGCCAAGCUGAGCAGGACGCUCGCGACGCUGCUUCUAGAAAGCAGGGUGAGAUCGCCAUUGUAAGGGCCAAUCAUGACAAGACCACAAAGGAGUAUGAGCGCAGAAUCGCAGUCAUGCAGAAGUUGCAUAGGGAUGAAGCGAUGAAGACGAAAGCGGAGCUAGAGGCUGGUAAGAAGGAACGUGAGAAAAUGGAGACGGAUAAUCGCUUCUUGCAACAUGACCUUGCGCAGGAGUCGGAAAGAGCGAAAAGACUGAACGGACCAGGCAAGGCUCGGUCGGCAGUGACGGCAAUGGAGCAAGAAACUCCACGAAAGGCCAAACGAAUGGUGCAGGGAGAUGGCUUCGACGAUCACGAGGUCCAUGUGAUCAGUCCAAGCAAGAGUAAAGACAAGCCAAAAGAUGUUACGCCGAAGCACGCCAGCAAGCGCAAGCGAACAGCCAACGACAGCCCAGUCGCGCCGCUUUCUUUCACGCAUCCGGCCGGAGUAGUGCGGCAGGAGAGUACCGAGCAGCCAACAAAUGUUGGAUAUGUAGCUGCAAGUGACCGACUUGCGGAGGACAAACGCUUCGAAUUCAUGCAGCGCUUGCUGAAUCACAGUCCGUUCCAAGGUCAUGAGCACACACUGGAAGCUCUAGCGAAGCAUAGUCUUCCCUCAACUGCUGGUAAGUCCAUCGCUACGUUUCUUACGGACGAGCUUGCGCGGCCAGCGAUCCCCGAAAAGCAGGAGUACCUGCCGCUAAAGUUGUCACGAGCUGUAUUCCAGCUUUGGACCCGCUGUUUGAACGAGAAACAUUUCGCUCCACUAUACCUGCUGCUGGAUCUUAUCCGCUUCGCCCUCCAUCUUGAGCCCUCAUCCACGGCCUGUCAGCUCAUCGACGACGCCGUUUCAUUAGGCAUCCGGACCAUCGAACCUUUCGCUUCUGCGACGGCGAGAGCAGCGAUCAACCCUACCUUUGCAGCUACCCUUGACCGACCGGCUAGAGAGAAGCUGGAAGAUGAUAUUUGCGCAGACGAAGUUCUUGACUUACUACUCCAGCUCGCUCAAGCCGCUGAGCUCUACACUGAUCGCAUAAUUGCAUUCUGGCGUGUGGUGGAGAUGCCGUUCAUAUUGCUCAUGCUACACAAAGCGCAGCCCAUCUACCAGAUCACGACAGCAUUGCAAAUCCUCGCGACUUCUGCUCUUGACGGCACUAACGGCCCCAUCAGCAGCGACGCAGAGACGCAAGCGGAGCAGGAGCCGCUGAUAGUCGACCGCUUGACGUGUCUGCUGUUCGAGAUGCCUGAGCCGGCACAUGAUGAGCCUGCCUACACCGACGCUGAGAUUGCUGACCUCCGGCUGCAAGUGUUAGACGUCCUCAAGGCCAUCUGUCGGACAGAUCAUGGCGGUCUGUUGAUCGCUUCGCACAAGUCCGCAAUUGGCCGUCUGGUCCGCUUCAUUGAUGCGCAAGUUAACAAGCUGUACACUUUACCUCCUUCGAUGCUAUGUCCUAGCGGCAUUACGAGCGCUCAUGGAUUGGUGGCGCAAACCGUCAAUCUUGCUGUCCGGCUAUUCUACCACUUACUUCGAAUGUACGACACUAUAGACUUAAACCAGAAGCUUAGCACGGUGUUCGGAGGGCACCACAAAUUCUUGGUUGGUAUGAGUCGCGUCGCGUUCAGCGAGCAACUAGUGCUUGAAUAUGGACUUGAAGAUGAGGUCGUGGAGGCUGCGCACACAAUCCUGAACAAUUCUCUCAGUCCUGAAGAGGGCGAGGCGUUGGUCCAGGCACUGGAGACACCGAGAGGCAGUAAAGGCAGCGAGGUGCGUAUUCCUGUCAGACGCGGCCAGGAAGCAGAGCACAAUGGAGACACUGAGAUGGCUGAGGCAGGGUGA